UUGUUCUAAUAUUGAAUGUUUAACCUUUUUCAGUCUUCAAUAUGUGGGAUCCACACAUCCAGUGCUCUGGAUAAAUAUGCCAACUGGAAGAUGGUGAAAGAAGUUAGAAAUCGUAAAAUAGUAAAAGAAUUUGCUUUUGAAAGACUGAACAUCAAUGCCAUAAGAAAAGCUAAUAAGAUUAUGCCUCCAGAGAUUGUUGAAAUGGCAGAUGGGGAAAUUGAUGCUCUUCCACGAGACUCAAGCAUUUCUAGGUUGCAUAAAAGAUGUGCUAUUACAUCUAGACCAAGAGGACUUGUAACAAGGUGGCGUCUAUCUCGUAUUGUGUGGCGACAUGAAGCAGAUUAUAACAAACUAUCUGGGGUGCAGAGAGCUAUGUGGUAACCUGUGGACAUGCAUUUAUACCUGGAAAUUAUAUGAAUUUAUGCCAUGUUGUAAGUUUUGAACAAUAUCCUUUGCAAGUUGUAGAUUUUUAUUUCUAGAAUGUACUAGAAAUUUUUGCAAUUUAGCAGUGUUUAAUUUACAAUUUAUUACCAUUUUUACCAUGAAUAUUUGAAAGUCAAAAGACACUUGUUUUAGUGAGUUCAUCAAAAUAACUUUUCACUGCUAAUUGCAAGGUUAGGGUGGCUGGAAAGUAAUGUGUAAAUAUAUUGCUCAUGUUAAU